UUUGUGUUUAUCGUAGCUACGAAAAAUGCGUUACUCCACAGCGUACAUUGAAGCGGGUUGGAGGCAACGAUUCUGCUUUUUCUUUAUCUUGAUUCUUUAAAUGUAUCUAUUUACUUUAAUAAACGCUAGAAUUGUGCGUUUAUAAUAGGCUACCAGAAUUUUUCAAACAUUUUUUCCUUUGAAUAUCUGUGUUUAGGACGCUUUAACUAUCUGUUCAGUGAGUGACUGAGCACAUCCUGGACCUUUAUAUUUUCAUAUCAUCAUCAUCGCCACUGUUAUCUUUAAUUUCAGAGUGAUAACAUAACAAUACAGAAAUGGCGAAACGAAGGAUCACACAGGAAACAUUUGACGCUGCUGUCAGGGAAAACGUGGAAGAUUUGGAGAUGGAUCCAGACGAAGCUGUGAGGGAAGCUGUGGAGCAGUUUGAGUCUCAAGGUGUGGACCUAAGUUGUAUUGUAAAAGCUGGACCAUCUGAAUUUUCUGACGGUCAAGGAGAGCCAACACAUACUAUUUUAAAGGCUUUAGAUUCCCUUCGAAAGGGUAGAGAAUCUGUUUCUUUACCUGAAAUGGCAGAGGAGUUGAAAUGCUUUACUGAGCAAUGCUCCCUUGGAUUUGCACAGAGGUAUUUAGCUGCCCAGAAAGACGCAUAUCCCAUCAUCCUGUCCUACUGCAAAAAAAGCAUGGAGGAGGAGGAGGAGGGUGUGGCGACCACUCUGUCUGCUUUUGCAGCUCUAACCGACGGACAGCCGGACUUGUUGGAAGCAGAAGGCCGGCAGAUCCUCUUGGAUGCCUUAAAGAAGUACCAGGGCGAUCCUUUAGUGACGCGUGCUGCAGUCAGUGUGGUUCGAAACUGCUGCUUAAAGCAUGAACAGAACAGGCAGGAUUUGGUGAAAGAGGGCGUUCUACCGCUGCUGACUGGAGCCAUUACCCGCCACACCCGGCGUGCUGAGCUGGUCAAGGAGGCGUCUGCAGCUCUCAGGGUGAUGACGUUUGAUGAUGAUGUCCGAGUCACUUUCGGACAUGCACACGACCACGCAAAGAUGAUUGUCCUGGAGCACAAUGGGUUGAAGGUUUUAAUUGAAGCUGCCAAAGCUUACCAUGAUAAUCCUCCUCUUCUGAGCGAGCUCUGUGCAGCUCUAUCACGCCUAGCGGUCAGGAACGAGUUUUGCCAAGACAUCUGUGAUCUGGGCGGAUUAAAGCUCAUGAUGACUCUGCUUGCAGACAACUAUGAAUCAGCGGAUUUGAGCCGACAGGUCCUCAGCGCAAUGCGAGCCAUAGCGGGGAAUGAUGACGUGAAAGAUGCAGUCGUUGCAGCUGGAGGAGUUCAGCUUAUUGUCAUAGUUAUGAACAAACAUGCGCGCAACCCUGCUGUCUGUGAGCAGGGCUGUGCCUGCCUCUCCGUCCUUGCCUUACGGAAGCCAAAGAACUGCACGGUCAUCAUGGAGGAUGGAGGAGCCUUGGCUGCCCUUCAGGCCAUGAAGGAUCACCAAUUAGCACUCAAUGUACAGAAACAGGCCUGCAUGCUGUUAAGAAAUCUGGUUGCGCAUAUGCAAAACUACUGUCAACCAAUCCUGGACAUGGGAGCAGAGACUCUGAUCGGUAAGGCAGUACAGAAACAUCCAGACUGUGCAGAUGUGGGGAAAGCGGCCCUCAGAGAUCUGGGCUGCAAGGUGGAGCUUCGAGAGCUGUGGACCGGCACGCAUGGCAGCCUUUCAAACUAAAGUUCAUGAAACCGAAUGACAAGUUGCUAAAGUUCCACGUUGUGAUGUUUUAUAGGUGUUCGGUCGAAAAUUAUUAAUAGUGACACGCUUUGACUUGAUAAUGUGUCUCACAGUCUGCAGAAGUAUAAAGAAAUUGUUUUUUUAUUUUAAUUGUCUGUAACUCUUACUAUGUUAGUUUGUAUAUUAUGGACUCUUUGUAAAUGCAUUUGCUGCUAUACAAAUAUGUAAGCUUCUCUCUUUGUGUUUUAUUUCAACCACAAAUAUUAGAGCCAACAUUUGAAAUAUAAUUCUUUUAAUGACUUUUCUUCUUUAAAAAAAAUCUGUGUUUUACUUUGUGUUUGCUGUAACUUUAAUUCAACGUUUCUGAUAAAAGCUGAGCAUUUCUUCACA